AUGGCUGAUUUGUGUUUUAUAUGUGAUAAGUCACUUUCAGAGGGUGUUUCUGUGAAUGUUGUACGUGGUUUACAAACUUUAAAAACUGCAAGUAUUGAAAGAGGACAUAUAGACUAUUUAAAUACUUUAAGUUCUGUGAAUGUGCAUUCCGAGUGUCGAAAAGUGUACACUAGUAAAAAUGCUAUUGUUGCAUCGAAACGACGCACAGAAGAGGGUGAACCUUCAACGCCAAGUGCACCUCGUAAAAAAAGAAACGAAGUGUUUGAUUUUAAAAAAUUGUGCUUAUUUUGUGGCCAAGAAGCUAAUGAAGUAGCGGAAAGGAAAAAAAGGGAGAAGUACAGACGGACAAUAAGUAAUGUAAGCACUCUAGCGUUUAAAGAGAACGUAAUUAAAAGAGCAGAAGAACGCAACGAUUUCUUAGGAGAAUUAGUAAAGGAACGUAUACUUUACGAGUAUGAUUUGAUCGCUGCUGAAGCAAAGUAUCAUACUAUUUGCUAUACCAACUUUUUAACUCGAGUACCAUCUGCUGAUAAGAAGCCGCGCCAAGAUGAUCAAGUCACUCAAGCAAUGAAGGAGAUUUUUUGUUAUAUAGAAAAUAAUGAAGAUUCUCAAUUUACGUUGAAAGAACUUAAAGAUGUCCUUACGGAGUACAUACCCGACGAUAAGACGAUUAUUACAAAACUACAACAAAAGUAUUUAACUGACAUAAUAAUUACAAAAAAAAUAGGAGCAUUUACAAUUAUAUCUUUCCGUGAUACACAGGUUAAUGUACUAUCAAAAGCUUGGUACGAAAAUAAAAAAAGCACCCCUGCAGAAGAACGUUUACGUAUUGUAGAAGCUGCUGCGGCAAUUAUUAGGGAAGAUAUUAGAUCAUCUGUAGUCGAAACUAAGACGUAUCCACCUCCAAAUAAAAUGCUAGAUGGUAUUAAUGAAGAAAUACCAAAAACAUUAUUACAUUUUUUAGAAGAAAUUAUAUUAAAGAAUAGAAAAGGACAAGUAGAUCAUUUAAAAACGAAAUGCACAUCUAUCAGUCACGCAAUAAUGGCUUCGAUACGAGAACGAUCAUUUUCAUCACAGCUACUAUUAGGCCUUUCUGUAUUUCUUCACAGAAGAUAUGGAUCUAAGAAAUUAUUGGAUGUUUUAUCAACUUUGGGAUUUGCUGCUCCAUAUAGAAGUGCUGUACAGUAUGAAGUUUCAGCAGUUUACCAUCCACAGCCUCGUAUUUUACCAUCAGAGUCAGGUGCAUUGGUGCAAUAUGUUGGAGACAAUGCAGAUAUUAAUGUCAGUACUCUUGACGGUAAUAAUACUCUUCACGUUAUGGGAAUGAUAAAAAUAGUUACUCCGAAAGAUGCUGUUAUUUAUGAUGAUCGUAUAAAAAAAUGUACAACUACACCAAGUGCAAAAGAGUUGGCAGCAAUAUCACAUGUAUCUCUUUUAGCAUAUGAAAAGCCAGUUGUACCAGGGUACAGCAAGAUUCAAGUCCAAAAUCUACAUGACGAUCAAGUACUAAUUGAAAAAAAAUUUAAUACUGUUGAUUUUUUGUGGUUAUACGGAAAAUGGAAGAAUCUUUCACAGUUGCCAGGGUGGAAUGGCUAUCUUCAACAACUUACGAAAAAUAAUAAGAAUUUUUCAACUUCUCAAGUUAUAUUUCUACCUUUCAUUGAUCAUCUGGCUAGUCAUUUAGAUACAAUUUAUACCACUUUACAUUGUGCUAUAAAUAUUGCCAAGUCACAUCAACAAAAGACGUGCAUAAUUACAUUUGAUCAACCCCUGUACUCCAAAGCACGUGAAAUGAUUGCCGCGUCAGAUGCAAACUCAGACUUGUCUAAAACAGUUGUCAAACUAGGAGGAUUUCAUAUGCUUAUGUCUUUUCUUGGAUGCAUAGGAUAUAUAAUGGACGGUAGUGGUCUUAAGGAAGCUUUAAGUACAAUAUAUGCUACAAAUUCGGUCGACAAAAUGUUGAAUGGUCACGCUUAUGCAAGAAGUAUCAGAGGCCAUACAUUAUUACGACUUGCAUUAUCAAUGAAGAUUUUUGAAGAGAUGAAGAUUGAAGGUUGUAUUUUAGAUGAGUUAAUUGAACAGAUAACUAGUCGCGAUGUUUCCUACGAAGAUGUUGAAGGAUGUAAAAGUAGCUCCAACUCGUUAAUUGAUCAAUUUCAGGAUAAACUGAAUGAAUUAAAAGCUCGAGGUCCCACAGCACAGUUAUGGGCGCAGUAUUUUGAAAUGGUAUCAAUAGCUCUAGAUUUCAUUCGUGCUGAAAGACUGGGACUUUUUAAAGAACAUCUGGAUGCAGUGCGGAAAAUGUUGCCGUAUUUUCAUGCUGGUGGUCAUUUCCUAUAUGCGAAAUCAGCUCAUUUAUAUCUUCAAGAUAUGAUAAAACUGGAGGAGACAAUGGAUGAACAGAGUUUUCAGAACUUUAAAAACGGAUUCUUUACUGUAAAACGAACAGAAAAAUUUAAUUCUGGUACAUGGACAGACAUGGUAAUCGAGCAAAGUCUUAUGAAAUCUAUGAAGACAGAAGGAGGAGUAUCUCCAGGCCGAAGUACACAAGAAAGUGUUCUAUGUAAGUGGUUAUAUGCUAUGUAUGCCACGAAUACAAUUUGUGAAGAAAUUGAACGGUUUUGUAACAUUUCUUUGGAUUCUGUAGACCAACAUGUUGAAUGUUGA